AUGAGAAUUAAGAAGAAGAAUACAAGAGGUAACGCUAAGAAUUUCAUUACUAGAACCCAAGCUGUUAAGAAAUUACAAGUUUCUUUAGCAGAUUUUAGAAGAUUAUGUAUUUUCAAAGGUAUAUAUCCAAGAGAACCAAGAAAUAAGAAGAAAGCUAAUAAAGGUUCUACAGCUCCCACUACUUUCUAUUAUGCCAAAGAUAUUCAAUAUUUGAUGCAUGAACCUGUUUUGGCUAAAUUUAGAGAGCAUAAAACAUUUGCUAAGAAAUUAACCAGAGCUUUGGGUAGAGGUGAAGUAUCUGCUGCUAAAAAGUUGGAAGAAAACAGAAGCACAUAUAAAUUAGAUCAUAUUAUUAAGGAACGUUAUCCAAGUUUUCCAGAUGCUUUAAGAGAUAUCGACGAUGCUUUAAACAUGCUUUUCUUAUUUGCCAAUCUACCUGCUACUAAUCAAGUUUCAUCAAAAAUUAUUCAAGAUGCCCAAAGAUUAUGUAACCAAUGGUUAGCAUUUGUUGCAAAAGAAAGGCUAAUUAGAAAAGUCUUUGUUUCUAUAAAAGGUGUUUAUUAUCAAGCUUCUGUUAGAGGAGAAGAUAUUAGAUGGAUUGUUCCUUAUAAAUUUCCAGAAAAUAUUCCAUCAGAUAUUGAUUUUAGAAUUAUGGUUACAUUCUUGGAAUUUUAUUCCACUUUAUUGCAUUUUGUUCUUUAUAAGUUAUACACUGAUGCUGACCUAGUCUAUCCACCAAAGAUUGAUUAUGAAAAGGAUAAGAUAAUAAGUGGUAUAACUUCUUAUAUCUUGGAAUCACAAAAUGAAAAGAACAGUUUAUUGAAUCUUGAUAAUGAUAAUCAACCAUCUUCUGCUCCUAAGAAUGGUGACAAGGUAACUGUUAAGACAUUAGAUGAUGUGACUUUAAAAGCUGCGAUGACAGCAGAUAAAGAUUUUGUAAAUGAACUAGAUAGUAAAGGAGAAGAAAGGGAAGAGGAAAGUGUUGAAAAUGUUGAAUUAGACACAUUUGAAGACAAAAGUAAAAAUCCUGGCGAUAUAUUAGCUCAACCAUCUCAAUAUGACUCUCCAAUAGCAACAUUAUUCUCAGACUUUGUAUUCUAUGUUGGUAGAGAAGUACCAUUAGAUAUAGUUGAAUUUUUAAUCUUAUCUGCAGGUGGUAAUAUUGUCAGUGAAAUAUCAUUGGAUCAAUUGGAAAAUAAAGAUGAUAUUGAUUUAACUAAAAUAACACAUCAAAUUGUGGAUAGACCAGUUUUAAAAAAUAAAGUUGCUGGUAGAACUUAUAUUCAACCUCAAUGGAUUUUUGAUUGUAUCAACAAGGGUGAAUUAGUGCCAGCGAACUUAUAUUUACCUGGUGAACCAUUACCACCACAUCUUUCACCAUGGGGGGAUGCUAGUGGCUAUGAUCCAAAUGCAGAAGAUGAGGAAAACGACAACGGAGAAAGCAGUGAAAGUGAAAGUGAAGUAUCUGAAGAAGGAGAUAAUGAUGAAGAAGCCAACAGUAUUACUCUUAAUAACGAUGAAGAUGAAGAUGAUGUGGAAGAUCUUGCUGCACAAAAGGAAUUGGAAUUAGAAGCAAAAGGUAUAUCUUACAGUGAAGCCCACAUGGCAGAUGACACUAAAAAUAAACAGGAAAAAACAAAUAAUAGAAAGAAGAGUAAAAAGUUGACUGAGGAAGAAGAAGAAAAAGAAAUGAAGAUGAUAAUGAUGAGUAAUAAACAGCGUAAACUUUACAAGAAAAUGCAAUAUUCAAACGCAAAGAAGGUUGAAAAGAUUGAGAAUUUGAAGAAGAAAAAGAAGCAAAUUGAAAAGACUAAGAAGAAGUUAGAGAAGCUUAAUAAGGAAGAUUAA